CACGAAGAGUGAGAAAUCCCAGUAAGAGAGCUAGAGACCUGCACGGUUGAGCCCCACAGAGCGAUGCCUGGCGCUCCGUAGCACCGCCUAUGGGAGCCGUACUCCGCGCUGGUUAAGCUGCGUUCCCGCAGCGCCGUUAGCUGGGCCUCCACCUGAGACACUCGGCGCCCCCUGGCGGGGCGGGGCGGCUCGGCACGGCACACGGCGCUACAAGACACCGGCAGCGGAGCGGCCAGCCGCAUGCUGCACUGGGAGGCGGGGCGGGGGCCUGAGAGUGAUGCCCGACCGCCGUGAGGACUGCCACAGGUCCCUCCCCUUCCUGCUGGCCGCCAUGGCCCUGCAGAGGGCGCUGCGCCGGGCGGCGGGGCCGUGCCGCGGUUUUAGAAUGGGGAAUAUGCAGCCUGCUUCUGUAGGAUUGUCUAACGAUGCUGUUGUGAAUCAAAUACAGGAGAUUAUUUCAGCCAACUGCGUGGUGAUUUUCUCCAAAACAACAUGUGUCUACUGCAAAAUGGCAAAAAAAGUUUUUGAGGGUAUGAAUGUAAAUUAUACAGCUGUGGAACUGGACAUGAAUACCAAUGGAAGCCAGUUCCAAGACAUCCUUGAACAGAUGACUGGUGGCAGAACAGUCCCCAGAGUGUUUGUUAAUGGGUCUUUUGUUGGAGGUGCUACAGAUAUUCAGAGGCUUCAUGAGGAAGGCAAACUGCUUCCAUUAGUACAGCAAUGUCAAAAAAAUUCUGGACAACCCUCUAGUUCAGCUUAGUCUUCCUUUCUAUAAGCAGGAUAUCAGACAAGCCAGGAGACCGCAAAGAGAUGCUGCAUCAGCUGGACUCAAGAACUUUGAAACAUGGCUUUCUCAAUCCUAGCUCAUUCUCUGGCACAGACUUUAUGGACUUGGCAAAUCACUUGGUGUCCUUUCCUCAACUUUACCACAACCAAAAUGGUGAUAAAAAACCAUAAUAUAACUCUGGGAAUUCUGAGUGGGAGACAGUGAUGUCAUUUGUUUUGAUACUAUUGUAUUUGAUACUAUGCUUCAGAGAAGUAUUGUCUGGACAAGAAGAAUCCUGUAUUUUUUUUUCUUGCAGCUUAGUUGACAUUUUAGCAUCAUUCCAACAAGCAAAAGGUCAGUUGAAUGAUUCCUUUAUGAAGGCAUUUUGACAGAGAAGAAUUGAAGACAGCAAGAAGCAAAACAAAUUGGUAUGAUACUGCUCUUAUCAAGUCUGCCCCUCUUACAUUUUAGUGCUUGAUCACUCUGCUACCAAAAUGUAUGUCCAGUUGCUACUGAAAAGGGAAUAAAGAUUGUUGCAGCUCA